AUGGCACGAGAGGAAUCUGACUUACAAAUCCCAAAUGAAGACGCCGAAACCUUGGAAAUCAUCUGCACAGAUUGCCGGCUGAUCUUGUUCCAGCCAGCAGCGCUUGCGACCUUGUUCGAGGCCGGUUUGAAUUUCCAGAAAGCUCUGACCAGGCUCCGUUCGAUUUCCCAAACCGAUUGUCACGUGUGUGCCUUGCUUCGCUCAGUCUUGCUAGAGGGCGAUUUUGUUGGCCGUCAGGGAGAUGAGAGUUACCGGUUCAACGAAGAUGUGUGGGGAAGACCGAUUUGCACAUUUACUCUCAAAGCUGUUGUCGACCAUGCAAAAUUGAUACAUGAGUUUAUACGAUUCGACAUCUAUUUCAUGGGGUCGGGACCAAUCGCUUUUUGGGGCAAAUCCCUGGAAUUGGUAAUUCGACCUGAAAUUCGAACACCACAUCUUGAAUUUGCUAGAAGAUGGCUCGACGACUGCAUGAAAUUCCAUGCAGACUGUCAGGAUCUGGGUGAAACGGUCCUUCCCACUCGCGUUCUUGAAAUUCUACAAGAAGACGGUACACCAAAUCUCAAACUCAGCACAAGUAAUGGAGCAUAUGGCCGCUACAUGGCUUUGAGCUAUCGCUGGGGCCAGCUUCAGCCUGCAAAGUUGACAACCGAGAAUCAUCACGAAUAUGCGCAGGCGAUUGAGGAGUCCAAUUUACCUCCCACCAUUCGAGAUUUCAUCGGCAUUGCCCGUGCGCUCGGCGUCCGCUUUAUUUGGGUGGAUGCUUAUUGCAUUCUACAGGACAGCGAUGAUGACAAACAAAGGGAAAUUGGCAACAUGGGCGAGAUAUACAAACAUUCAUUCUUGACCAUCAUUGCUUCUAAAGCCAGGAGUGUAAGCGAUGGUUUUGUGAACUGGGGCCCGUGCGUUUGGCCUUCCUGGAAUAUUCCAUUCCAACUACCACAAGGAAACAAGUUUGUGUUCACCCUACAGAAGAUCCCACAUAUCCACCUGGACGAACAGCCAAUCAGUCACAGAGCCUGGACCUUACAAGAACGUCUCCUUUCCCCUCGUAUUAUGAGCUUUUUUUCUGGAAUACCCGCCUUAGAAUGGCGGUGCGACUCAGUCCACGAAAGCAAUAUCGGACCAAUCGAGCGACCAUACCGUUCCGAUGUUCGCCUAUAUUCGUCUAUCUUACCACGACGUGGCGCUCUCACUAUCACUCCCGCUGUACAUCGUCUAUGCCAUCGUUGGGCAGAUAUCGUACAAACAUAUUCUAAAAGGGUGCUGUCGGAUCCUAGCGAUAAACUUCCGGCUAUUGGAGGUAUAGCCAAAGAAUUCAGUACAGUACUAGCAUCGCCCUAUUACGCCGGCCUCUGGGGCAAGUUUCUCCUCACGCAAUUGCUUUGGACAUCCUUGGGCUCUCCAGAGACGCCUUGUUGCAGAGUAUCCCGAUAUCGUGCUCCGUCAUGGUCAUGGGCAUCGAUGGACGGACCAAUUGGAUUCCAUCCUGCGCCUUAUCCAUCUACUGCGCCGAUGUUGACCAUCCUAAGCUGCGAUGUCACAUUACGCGACAGAUCAAAUGUUUUUGGCGGAGUUUUGGCAGGGACUCUCACGGUAAGGGGACUUCUCAAACCUGCUCUUGUGAGUGGCAAUGCGCUUUUUGACGCUAAAACUGGCGAGCGUUUAUGCUAUGCCUUUUUGGACACGCAGCCCCCUUCAGUGUCUGUCCCCACAUGGUGUCUGCCGGUUACGAGUGAAGAUAGCGAUGAUUCGAAGGUGGAAACACCGACAAGUGAAACAAGCGAGGACGACCCAGAUUCGCUCUGUGCUUUGCUUUUGGCCGAAGUAUCAAUAGAAGGGACGAGGACAUUUCAAAGGAUUGGUAUAGCAGAACGUUUUUGGCAAACAUCUUUACAAUGGUUUGAAGGCGUUGUUGAAGAAGUAAUCCAUAUCAUUUAG